CCAUAUAUAGGAGAGAUGGAGAAGAAAACCAAAAAGAAGAACCCUAGCAAGAGGGGGAGAAAAAGAGGAGGAAGAGGGGAGGGAAGGGAGAAGAAAGUGGAGGAGAUCAGCAGCAGCAGCAGCAGCCGCGGCCGCGGCCGCCGGAGGAUGGCGCCGGUGAAGAAGUCCAAGAAAGGGAAGCGCAAGUCCAAGGACUCCGGCAAGCUCAAGAUCGUCAAGUAUGGCGGCGGCGCCCCUCCCCUCCCCCCCGAGCUCCGCGGCCUCGACACCGAGUGGUGGUACACCUUCCUCCACAAGCACUCCGAGCUAGGUCUGAGCGCGCCGUCAGAUGAGGGGGAGGCGUUCAGGUAUUUCUUCAGGACGUCGAGGAGGACGUUCGACUACAUCUGCUCGAUUGUGAGGGAGGAUUUGAUCUCUAGGCCGCCGUCAGGGCUGAUCAACAUCGAGGGGAGGCUGCUCAGUGUGGAGAAGCAGGUGGCGAUUGCCAUGAGGAGGCUGGCGUCGGGCGAUUCGCAGGUGUCGGUGGGGGCGGCUUUUGGUGUCGGGCAGUCCACCGUCUCGCAGGUGACUUGGAGGUUCAUCGAGUCGAUGGAAGAGCGGGCUCGGCAUCAUCUGGUGUGGCCCGGGCAGGAGAGGAUGGAGCAGAUCAAGGCGAGGUUCGAGGCCGAGUCCGGUCUGCCGAAUUGUUGCGGCGCCAUCGAUGCGACCCACAUUAUCAUGACGCUUCCUGCUGUCGAGUCGUCUGAGGAUUGGUGCGACCCGGCGAAGAAUUACAGCAUGUUCCUGCAGGGGAUUGUUGAUGAUGAGAUGAGGUUUAUUGAUAUUGUCACUGGUUGGCCUGGCAGCAUGAUGUUUUCGCGGUUGCUGAAGUGCUCUGGGUUUUUCAAGCACUGCGAUGCUGGGACUCGCUUGGAUGGCCCUGUCAUGGUUUCAGCAGAGAAUGGAGAAAUCAGGGAGUACAUUGUUGGUAACAAUUGUUAUCCUUUACUCCCAUGGCUUAUGACUCCCUAUGAAGGGGAGAGUCUGUCUGCUCCAAUGGCCAGCUUUAAUGCUAGGCAGAAGGCUGCAAGAACGCUUGGACCAAGAGCACUGUCACGGCUGAAGGGCUCCUGGAGGAUCUUAAACAAAGUCAUGUGGAGGCCUGAUAAGAACAAGUUGCCGAGCAUAAUUCUUGUCUGCUGUUUGCUUCACAAUAUAAUCAUAGACUGUGAAGACGAACUGCUUCCAGAUGUACAACUUCCAGAUCACCAUGAUACUGGUUAUAGUGAAGAGAAGUGCGAGCAAGUGGAUCCUAAUGGCAAGAUAAUGAGAGAUGUCAUUACAGGAUAUCUUCAAAUCUAAGAAGCUUCCCAUUGAACUUAGCUAAGCUGACUGGCAGUACUCUGGAGUUGCAAGAAGGCAUCUCUGUUCUUAUGUUUUUCUCCUCAGUUGUCCUUGUUGUAAUCAGACCUGCUGGUCUCCAUUCGGUAAAGAUUAGCAAUGAAAUAAUUCAGUUAGGAAUUAGCUAGCUCAGGAGCAAACUAUCUCUUCCUUGAGUUAAGGAAAAAAUGUUAAUGUGUUCAUGGUGAUGACAAUCUCCAUCAUUUUGAGGUACAAGAUAUAUCAGUGGUCAAUUGCUUUGAAUGAA